CAAUGAUGUUCGCCAUUAACUCAGUCAUCCUCGCCUUGGGUAGAGAAAGCAGCCACGUACACAGCCCUCGUUCUCUGUAUCUCUCACUCACUCGUCCUCUUUGCGAGACUCAGAUACGGUAUCCAUAUUGUCAUGUGAAUGAAAUUUCAUGGAGGUUACUCUAGUUAAGUAGGUUUCCCUGUCAACGGAAAUAAGCACUCACCAACAAAAAGAGGAACAUAAUCACAGAUGUGACCCUAGGUGGGAAAUGUGGAGAGUGAACUUGUAAACUGGGAGGUGCAUGUCCGUUUUGACUUGAUGGUUGGUCGACUUCAGUAGUGGUGAUUAUGGAGUCCAUGUCUCACUCUUCAACCUUCCUUCUACCGGUGAUUCCACCAGAGAGAAUCAACCUUCUUUAACCUACGCACUCAUUAUUCUUAACCAGCACCUGCCGAGAUUCACUCCUCUGCUUUGGGAGCAUGCACAAAUAUGAGUUUGUGCUGAUGGGGGUGCCAAUCGGGUGUAUGAUGAAAUGCCUCUGCUUCUGUCCUUAUGAUGCCUCGCAUGUUCAAACCAGGUACGUGCCAGAUGCAAUCAAAGGUGACAUGGACUCAAUUCGGUCUGAAGUACUUGACUUCUAUAAAAACCUGGGAACUAAGAUAAUAGAUGAAUCUCAUGAUCAGGACACCACAGAUUUACACAAAUGUGUUGCACAUAUAUGUGACCUUACAUCAAAUAUGGAUAAAUCAUCAUUAAGGAUUGUUGUAACUGGAGCACUUGGUGGGCGAUUUGACCACGAGAUUGGGAAUAUUAAUGUUCUGUGCCAUUUCCCAGAUACUCGAAUUAUCCUUCCAUCUGAUGACUGCCUCAUUCAACUUCUUCCAAUGAACUACCAUCAUAAGAUUUAUAUUCAAUCUUCUGCUGAGGGGCCGCAUUGCGGACUCAUCCCCAUUGGGAUGCCAUCUAGUAGUUCUACUACCACUGGACUCCAAUGGGAUCUUUAUGAGACGAAG